AUGGACGCCCAAGCCUACCUCCUCCGCCACGGCUGGUCCGGUCCCGGCAACCCACUCAACCCGAACCGACGGCCCGGCACACACGGCGGACUCGGCCUGACGAGACCGAUUCUCGUUGCGCGACGCCAAGGCAACCAAGGCGUGGGGAAGAAGACGACCAAAGAUCCCACGAAUCAGUGGUGGUUGCGAGGAUUCGAGGACGCGCUGAAGGGUGUGGGCGAUGAGAAUAAGAGUGCGGGGGAUGCGAAGCGCACGCCGAAUGCGUUGACGAGUGAAUUGUAUCGGUAUUUUGUGAGGGGGGAGACGGUUCCGGGGACUUUGGGGGAUAAGAAGAGGAAGGCUGAGGAUGAGGAUGAUGAUGAUGGAAAGAAGAAGAAGAAGAAGAGCAAGGGAGAGGAGAGUAAGGAGGAGAGACGGGUGAGGAGGGAGGAGAAGAGGAAGAGGAAGGAGGAGAGGGCGAAGAGGAGAGAGGAGAGGAAGAAGAAGAGGGAGGAGAAGGAAGUUAGGAGGGCGGAGAGGGAGAAGAAGAGGGCGGUUAAGAAGAUGAAGAAGGAGAAGGAGAAGGCUGGUCCUGAGGAUGUGUAUCCUACGCCGCCGGCGACGGAGGUGGAACAGACGGAGUCGAGUGGGAGGGAUGAGGAAGAGGUGAAGAAGGACAAGAGGGAGAAGAAGAAGAAGACGAAGCGAGAGACGUCUGCGUCGGAUGACGGGUCGAAGAAAAAGAAGUCGAAAAAGUCCAAGGAUGAGACGGCGUCCUCGAAUUGA